CCUCCUCCUCCUCCCUCUCGUCUAUCUGUAGCCGGACUCCUCUCUCUCUCCACCAGAGAAACUCCAGCGCUCACUCCCGCUGCUCCAAGCCCCGUCUGCAUCCCACAUCAGCCGGCUGCACACAAAAUCGACCCCCGGUCCCUUUUUCGGUAGGCCUGGUUACGCAGAAGCAUCAUGGAGGAGUUAGACGUCCCACAGAUGAGGAGAGAAGUGGAGAGCCUUCAGUAUCAGUUGGCAAUCAACAGAGAGAAAUCCUCCAUCACUGUUACUGAGCUGGUGAAGUGGAUCGAAGGAUGUGUUUGUGAUGAUCCAUUCCUGAACCCUGAGCUGAUGAGAGCCAACCCCUGGGUGGAGAAGGGAAAGUGUGUGAUCCUCUAAUGAUCACACACAUACACAUACACACACACACACACAUACACACAUACACACAAACAAUCACAGACGCAUCGAAAAAUAAAGAAUCAUGCACUCCCACACAGUCACGCUGCACUAACUCUCUCUCUCGCACACACACACACACACAUUAUUGCUACUAUUAUGUUUAUUUAUUUGGAGACUCCUGAAUGCUCUCAAUUUAUGUGAAGACUACUGUGUGUGUGUGAGUGUACAGCACUGAGUAGCUUUCUAGAGGUUUGUUUUGACGGACUGCUGAGAAAUGUUUAACAACACCUUUUUAUUGGCUCUUUACACU